CGGGGCGGGGCGGGGCGGCGGGCGGCAUGGCCAAGCAGUACGACAUGGUGGAGUGUCCCUUCUGCGACGAGGUCUCCAAGUACGAGAAGCUCGCCAAGAUCGGGCAGGGCACCUUCGGGGAAGUUUUUAAAGCCAAACAUCGUCAGACCGGCAAGAAGGUAGCGCUGAAGAAAGUGUUGAUGGAAAAUGAGAAGGAGGGGUUCCCCAUCACAGCCUUGCGAGAGAUUAAAAUCCUCCAGCUGCUCAAACAUGAGAAUGUGGUGAACCUGAUUGAAAUCUGCAGGACCAAAGCCUCCCCCUACAACCGCUGCAAGGGCAGCAUCUACCUGGUGUUUGACUUCUGUGAGCACGACCUGGCUGGUCUCCUCAGCAACGCCCACGUCAAGUUCACGCUCUCAGAGAUCAAGAAAGUUAUGCAGAUGCUGUUGAAUGGACUUUACUACAUCCACAGGAACAAGAUCUUGCACCGGGACAUGAAAGCUGCCAAUGUCCUGAUCACACGGGACGGGGUCCUGAAGCUCGCGGACUUCGGGCUGGCUCGAGCCUUCAGCCUGGCCAAGAAUAGCCAGCCCAACCGCUACACCAACCGCGUGGUGACUCUGUGGUACCGGCCCCCAGAGCUGCUCCUAGGGGAGCGGGACUAUGGUCCCCCCAUUGACCUCUGGGGUGGAGGCUGCAUCAUGGCAGAGAUGUGGACCCGCAGCCCCAUCAUGCAGGGGAACACGGAGCAGCACCAGCUCACCCUCAUCAGCCAGCUCUGUGGAUCCAUCACACCAGAGGUUUGGCCAAACGUGGAUAAGUACGAGCUGUACCAGAAGCUGGAUCUCCCCAAGGGCCAGAAGCGGAAGGUGAAGGACCGCCUGAAGGCCUACGUCAAGGACCCCUACGCGCUGGACCUCAUCGACAAGCUGCUGGUGCUGGACCCUGCCCAGCGCAUCGACAGCGACGACGCCCUCAACCACGACUUCUUCUGGUCAGACCCCAUGCCCUCGGACCUCAAAAACAUGCUGUCCACCCACAACCAGUCCAUGUUUGAGUACCUGGCCCCCCCGCGCAGGAGGGGGGGCCACAUGCCCCAGCAGCCGGCCAACCAAGGCAGGAACCCGGCGGCCACCAACCAGACGGAAUUUGACAGGGUGUUUUGAGGAGGGGCUUCCCCAGCAGGGUCCCAGCCGGGCUACUGCUCUGCAGGUUGCCUUGCAGGGAUGUCCUGGUGGGGUAUUUCUGCCUGGAAAGGACUUUCUUCUAGUUGAGGAACUGCUGGCUUUAACCUAGCUCUGCCGCCUCCUCCCCUUGUGCAGCAGCUCGGCCACUGCAGAGCUGUGUGACAGGAGGAGGUGACACCUGCCAGCCUGGCCUUGUUUCCCUGCAGCUUUGGCACAGCCCCUGUGUCCCCCCUGCAGCUGUCUGUAUUGGUUACAUUAAUCUUCUGGAUUGAUUGUUACACGGACCUGGUGAUGGAGAAAAGUGGCUCUGUCAGUGCUGGGGCUCUCAGCAGGACUGGGAGAAGCCGCCCUGGACCAAACUGGGCCCUGCUGGGAGGUGUCUCAGCUCCCUGGGUUGGUCGUAGCUUCUGCACGGUGCAGCCUUUGAACAGUGAAGUGUUGAUGUAGGAUGAGGCAGGUGCUUCUGAGCAAUGUGGAGGUGUCCUGGAGAAGGCAGAGUCACUCUCAGAGAGCAUGACUGGCUGACUGGAGUUUGGGCUCCAGCUUAGGAAGGAGCUUACUGGGCUAACCGGAGGGGUGGCUGGCAGAGCUGGUUUCUCCAGGAUUUACAGUGGGAAUUGUCAGUCUCUGGAACACUACACGGCGUCCACGCUUUCUUCAUUGCAAACUGCAAUCAGGAGCCUGGCUUGGACACCCCCUGCUGCUGCCUGCCCGGAGCACUGGCUGGGGCAGGAGCUGGGAUGGGACCGGAGCUGUGUGUGCGGUCUUCAGGGAUGUCAGGAUGGUGUGGCAGUGCUGGGAAUGCUGUGCUGGGAGAAGGGGUGACUCUUCAAGCACUUGCACAUCCACUCCUCUGGCCUGGAGCUCUUUGCAUGAGCAAGACAGCUGCUGCCUUCCCCUGCUGGGCUUCACAGCCCACCACGGCAGAGCCACCCACCAGGCAUUUGUCUUCCACGACUGUCAGCUGCAGCUGGCCCAUCUGCUCCGUGAGCCCCACGGAUCCCAAGACUUUCCAAUCAGGAAUGUGUGCAGCAUCCAGCGGGUGAUAACCUUUGGCCCUGGAUGGGUUGUCCAUUAACCAGACUCAUGGCAAGAGCCACCUUGGUAGCGUCAGGUCUCGGGGGAGGAAGCGGCCGCGAGCGGGGCCGUUCUCGGGACAGAAAGUGAGGAUGAUAAAGGACACGUACAAGGUAAAUCUCUCUUGGUGUGGGGCUCUGACACAGCGUCUGGUUGAGGGGGGAACUUGAUUUCUUUAGGAAAAAAUGAAAGUUGCAAGCAAUAAGCCGGUUGACUUCUGCUGAUUGUGAAUAAACAACCAUCCCGUCCCCGA